AUGCCUUAUUAUGCCAGUGGGCCAAGUGCUCUGUUGUGGGCUAUAUGUAUAUUCCUUGGAUUUGGCCUUGCGGCGCUUGCAGGUGAUACCCCAUGCACUUUGCACCAUGAAGGCAACUACUACAACCUGAAUCCGUUGAAAGCUAGUCAGGACUACGAGUUCGAGACUCCAGGUGGACAUUCUUUCUACUUGAAUGUCUGUCGACGCGUGACCACUGACCCAUGGAGCACCGGAGUUCCCGACAAUGUUGACAUCGCCGGUCUAGUGCGGAAAGACCACCACGACUUUGCCGUAGGACUUGUAAAUACAACCCUGGAAAUGAGGGGUACGGAGCUAAUGUUGCAUCUUUCCAAUGGUUCACCCUGCCCUGGGGAGAACAACUUAUACGGAAGCUCGUCCAUCAGGUUUCUCUGUGACCCAUCGGUGUACGGAGCUGGCAAACCGAUGGUAAUAUCCCAAUUUCCGGAAGACGACAAUCAAGCCUGCCAAUACACGGUCGAGUGGCGAACACAUUUUGCUUGUCCCACAGGCGAAAGGGGCCUUAUCUCAGGAUUAAUUGUGUUCUUGGUGAUCAUCAUGAUGAUCUUUCUGAUGCUCCUCGUCGUUUCUAGCACCCUAUAUAACCGCUUUGUCCUGAGAAAACGUGGCUUUGAUCAACUGGCCUGGUUUUCCAAAGUUCAUCUACUCGAACUCAUGGACUUUUGCAUUGAGCUCUUCCGGUCCACGGUAGACAACGUUCGCUCGAGUGGUAAUAGAUGGGCAAGAUCGACCAGGAACCUCAACCCUGCAUCUCACCAAUGGUCAUCAAGGGAUGAGGAGCAGGCGAUGAUGGCCGCUGAUCCCCUUGAAGACCAUGAUCGGGAACUGCAAGGUACUAAUGUGUAG